AUUAAACUCAUACGUGCACAAAUCCGAUCUAGAUUUUGGGGACCGAAUCUAUAAAUGUUUUCAGUGCAACUCCGAUUGUCCGAGCGCCUGUGCUUGAAAGUGAUUUGUUUACGCGUGCCUCCCAAUUAGUUAUCAUUUUCAUCAUAACCCAACCCCAGACAUCAAAAAAUCACAAUUACUCAGAACAAGUGCAUCAUUCUUUGGUUUGAUUCCAGUGUUUUUUCACAUUUUGAUUUUCGUCCUCAUCAUCGUCACGAUUGAAAUGCUGCUUUGCUUGUCGAUGUUUCGCUGAGUGUGCGCUUAUUUUCUCUUGAAAGUUUAAGUUGUAUAUAAGUUUAGGCAAAAUGAGCGGGUUGCUUAACAUGUUUUGGGCUUUUCUCGGUUAUGAUACCGCAAAGCAACUAACCGGAAAAAUCGCCGAGCGGCAAGAGCAGGAAGAAGAAGCGACGGUAGUAUCGGCGGGAGUCAGUCGCAAAGUUGGCAACAUGGAAGUAGCAAACGUGCAGCAAGGCGUCGUCGCCAGCGGCGUUUCCAGACAGGAAGAGUCCGAGAGCAGCGAACAAACCACCUUGUCCGAAAGCUCCAAGGAUUUGGGACACACGAAAAUAUCGGAGAAGAGUGCCACUUUUGAAGGUACCCACCAGAGUAAAGUGGUUGAACAAUCAGAGAAUGCUUUCUCUACCUCGGAAUCUUCAUCAAGCUGUGUCGUCCAGCAGAGCGUCUCGCAAUCGGAAUCUUCAUCCACUGCUUUACCAUCGGAUACUCAACUUUCUUCAAUUGAGGAGGCGCCACCAAUGGCGGAAGUACCAAAAUCAACUGCUUCUAAACCUUUUGAACCAUUGAAGCCUUUCGAACCUCUACGCUCGUUUGAACUUGCAAAACAAAUCAACGAAAGCGUACAGAAAACAGAAUCCUUGGUUCAAGAAUCCAACACUUCUACAACCACUUCUUCUUCUACAUCUGCUUCUUCAUCUACAUUAAUUUCACAAUCACAAUCACAAUCUACAUCGACCUCUUCAUCAAUUCAAGCUACAUCAUCAAGCACAAAAGGUUUCUCAAUACCGUUACUUCCAGUCGACUCUUUGAAGAAAGUCGAUCUGCCAGUUGAGAUCUCAUCAAGUUUACCCGAACCUGCUCCGAGUACACAACUGGUAGAAAAUUUGGAAGAACCACCUUCACCACCAAUUCCUUGGCUUGUCAAAUGUGAACCUGAACCACUCUACGAUGCUGCCACUAAUGGUCUAUUAGUGGAACCAGCAAUCGCGAAUGUAAGUUCGUCUCAAAAUGGAAAUAUUAAUAUGGAAGAAAAGAAAGAAGAAUACGUGUUCAAACCGCUAGCGAAACCUUCAGAUUUUAUUAAGAAUUUAGCAAAUCAGAAGCCUAGUGAAAUUAAAGAAGAGAAAAUAAAGAAUACUUUAAAGGAAAUUAUUUCGGAUUUAGACAAUUAUGCUGAGAAGGAUACCGAAUUGAAAGACGAUUGUAAAUUGAAUGGCAAUCAAAAUGGAAAUGAAGAAUCAAACUUUUCUGUUAAUCCUUUGCAAUCAUCUAAAAGCGUGAAAACGUCACGUCCGUAUGAAGAAAUACUCAUGGUUCAUUUGCCUUCCUGUAUUGAGACUAAGGAUCGGCAAAAUAAACUGCAGGUAAUUCAAGAACUGAAUCAAUUAAAUAAGGAUAAAGCAAAUGAUGAAUCGGACGAAAACGCGCCGCCUAAUAAACCACCAAUUAGUUUGGAGAAAAUAUUCACGCCUGCUCAAGAUGCGCCUCAAAUUAAACCCAAGUCAAAGAAAAUGUAUGCGUCGUCAGAUUUCUAUGCUUCCGGCUUACAUCCAACUGUUGAAGACCAAGUUGAAUUGGCACGGCGUAUUUCUAGUUCCUUGAGUGAUAUUAGCAAUCAGGCGAGCAAAGGACAAUCGAUGUACGUCAAUAGAAAGAAGCGAUCGGUGAAAUGGGUGCACGAAAGCGAAGGAAAUGUUAUCAAUGGUCAGAAUGGAUCCAUCUCAGAAACUAGAAACGAACACGAAUCAAAGUCGAUUUUGAAAUUGGUGAUGAACCCACAUGGACAAGUUCAGGAUAUCAAUUCGUUGAAAAAGCAAGGUCUUCAGUUUGAAUCCGCUUUAUCUCCGGAUGUUUGCGCUGAAAUCGUGAAAGAUUUGAAUUCACCCAAAGGAAAAGGGGCUGAAUUAUUUGCCAAGAGACGUAAACGUUCGGAAAAAUGGGUGGUUGGUGAAACAACCGGUGUGAAAUCGGAGACAUUAAACGACAUUGCUUCGACUCCCGUCCCCAUUCUCUCUCCUCUUCCGCCAUUGACACCUAGCAAUCUACCGGCACCAAGUUACCUUCCGGAAACACAGCAACGCAUGCAACAUAAAGAAAAAUUGGAUUCAAUUCAGGAGCGUUUCAUAAGACCAAAGUUGAAGCUGAUAAAGUCUCCUUGGGAAGCGGCGCUUGAAACCGGCUCGGUUGAAUCGGCUUUUCAAGACGUGGCGCCGCCAUCGUUUCCUUCCAAAGGUAAUUUUGUUGCUCCGGCCGUCAAUUCGUACGAGGAAGCGUUGCAGAACGAUACCCUGCCUUCGUGGACAAUGCCCGCGAAUGGCUACGGCCCCAGCGCCGCCAAUAAUAAAGUUUACGCACACAAUCCAGCGUACAACAGCAAUAGCAUAAAUAGGAUCGUUGAUAAUCUCCAAAAAGGUUUGUCGAAUGUGGACAUAUACAAACCAACACUCCCACAGGCAUGGAACGCACAGCCAGUUUUAAAGACGCAACAAUAUAGUAGCGUUUGGCUUCCCGCUGAUAUGCAACCUUCUCCUAGUACUGAACAAAGACCCACUUCACCUUUUCCUGCUAUUCCGGAUGUUUCUCAAACGCCCGAAUGCUUAGUAGGUACCCCGAUUGAUCCAAAAAUUAGUAGGCCGGUAUCACCAGGUCCAUCCAAUUUAGAACACAUGUUGUCAACCAUGGAAUCUGCACCAAAGGAAAAGUCACCGGUUACUUUUCCAACAAUACCCGACGUAGUUUGUCAGGAGGAUUUAACUGAUUCGUUCCAUCAAACUGAUGCGGUACCUCCAAUGAGAGCAACAUCACCGUUUCCAAAUAUUCCUGAUGUCAAGUUGAACCCGGAUGUUCUUAUCAAAGAUAUUGUAAAAAUCCGCACUAGUCCAGUGCCAUUCUUCAAAGCUAAAAGUCCAAUCCCUCAAGAUGUGGAGCAAAAACCAAGAAUUGAACCAAAAUUGGAACCAGUUUCUAUUCCGUCAUUACCGGCUGAAGCAGCGGUUCCAGAACAGUUAAAUACUAUAAGCACUUUCCAACAAUCAGUGCUGUCACAACCGAGCAAACCAACUUUUUAUAAAGCAAGUAAACCUUAUGCUCCCGUGAAGUUGGAUAAGAAAUAUCCUUCCGUUUUGGAUGAACCAAUACCGAGAGGAUCACCGCCGCCUGAAAAACCUGAAUUUAAUUUUGCGAUUGGUGAUUUACCGGCGGAACGUUCACUGAAAACACCAGUGCGUACUUUACAGAGUGAAAUUUUUGAAAGUCAAGGACAUUAUAAUGCUAGUAGGUCUGCUUCACCGUUUCCAGUGUUUAUCCCACUGGAAAAUGUACCAGAACCUGAGAUUGUUCAAAAAGAGGAAGUUCAAGCACCACCCGAGCCUGAACCAGAGCCGGAAUCUGAGCCAGUCGUUGUUGAUUUGAAGAAAUUAGCAAUUUCUGAUACACAGACGAAAAAACUGGUGGAGUCACAGAAAGAUUGUUUCAAAGAAAUGAAAGAAAUUAAAGAAGCUUACAAAGAGAUCACGCCAACAUAUAAAGAGUAUUGCAACAAAGUCAGUGAAUCUAUGAAACCAAAAGUUGUUAAAACAUCUCAGUUGAGUGAAGAUAAUGAAGUUAGGAAGAAACUUGAAGAAAUGAAGAAGGUACGCGCUGGUGUUAAUCUAGGUCCUGUACCAACUGAACCAGUUGAAAAACCAGUUGAAGAAAAUGUCUGCAAUAAAGAAGAAGAUACAACACCUAAACCACUUCCAUCUCUUGACGAAGAUAUUAUACCAAAGAUGAAACCCGUAGAAGUGAAAAAAGAGGAACCAAUUAAAACGGAAGCAAAAACUGCACCACCACAUGAAGAUAAACCAAAACCAAAACGCCCAGUAUAUCACGAUGAAGUAGAAGCACCUAAAUGUAAGAAGGCACCGGAAACUAUUAUUGGAGCGAGGCCGCUUUUUGGUCAACUAGAUAUUAACUCUGAAUUCAAGAAAGCAAUUGGUAAUCGUGCGUCAUUUAAACAAAAACGCGCAUUAGAAGAAGCAAUGGACAAACAACAAGAACUUGGACAAUCGGAGAUUAAAGUUGAGAGGUCAGAGACCUACAACCAACAACAAACAUUCAGCGAGCCAUACAAAGAGUCUACUUUUAAGAAGAAAUCUAAGAAUAAUGAAAUUGCUGAGGUGAAAACCAUUUCUAAAACCGCCAGCGAUGAAAUCGAACAAAUCUAUUACCAACAAGACAGGGAAAUUGAAAUUGAUUACCAGACCGUUCAAGAAGAAAUAAUAAUGCCUGAACCAACAUUAGAGCGUGUUCUUAGUUACGAAAGGCCUUUGACACCGGUACAAAUGCAAUAUUUUGGUCCUGGUAACAAUACUACCAUUUAUAGACCACAAGCACAAAUGCCACCCGCUCCAGCUCCCGCAGCACCUCACGAACCAGUCAUAAUCGUUCACGAAGACAACAGUAAUGAAACAGAAGAAGAUGAAUACAGGAAAAUACCAGUCAAAAGUCUCAUUCAAAACUUUGAGCAAAAUGUUAUGCCGCCUCUGCGUUACAAACAAAUUCGCGGAGAACCAUUACCAGACGUGGUAGACAGGGCAGUUCAACCAGGACUCACGCCAAGAAACUCGAUUGAUUUCUCCAAUACAAACGUUGAUUUGAGCCAAUUGAGUGAAACGCAAUUCAUCCAGGAACAGAUAUUGAAAGAAGCCGAAAAGGAAUUCGACAAUUUGUUUUUCGUCGCCAAUACGGCGACUGUGCAAACCAAGCUGUUUUCGGAACAGCAGCAUCAACAGGGAUUUCAACAUGCCGAAAAUAGCUCAUUUUGUGCAUACGAUAGCUCUGCCUCGUCAUCCAUGCAACAUCAAUCCGCUUACGCUUCUCAUGCUUCUGAUUAUCUCAACGUGCAAGAUUCUUCAACGUUGCCACGCACUAAACCAACAUCAGUUCCUCAACAAACGGCCGCAAUGCCACCAUUAUCGCCCGUGCCGAGCUUCAAACCUGCAACCCCAGCACCAGUCUUCGUACCCAAGGAAUCUAAUGCUCCAUUGUCGCCAAUGUACCAAUCAUAUGCACCGCCACCAAAGGAAAAUAUCCCACCGAUGCAAACACAAUCCUAUCAAGCAACUCCUCCAUUGCCACCAGUCCGGGUGAACUUCAACAAUUUGCAGAAUUACAAUACUGCUGCACGUGGCUGGGGCGACCUCAAGCAGGUUUACAAACCAGUCACAUUCGACAAACCAAAGUCGCCAUAUUCAGAUUUUUAAGGCUUUGGAAUUAGUUUUCUUACUACGAUUACUUUGAAUUAUCUCCACUGAAUCACUUCAAUGGUGAUUGAAGUGCUGAGAUAUUUUACAUUUUAUUAUAUCUUCUAAGAUGUUGAUUGUAAAUAUUUAAAACGUAAUGAGAUAUAUCCUAUUUAUUGUUAUACAUGAUUUAAUUAUGUUUUGUGAGCGUGCAUAUAGUUUUGAUGUUGUAUCGUAAAUUAUUAUUGGUAAUUAAUUAGUGGGUCUAGCCAUAUAUUAAAUUCUGAAUGAAAUUUUAAAAAGCGAAAUACUAUUACUAUAAGUUUGAAGUUAUUCAAUUGUUAAAUUUAUUAUUUAGCAUACCUUUAAAUGUAGCUUACGAUUCAUGUUAUGAAGUUAAAAAUAAAACAUAAAGUACCAAAA